CCGUCACGGGAUCGAGGCGGCGCGCGCGGCCUUCGGGCUUCACCAGGACCAGCAGGAAAGCAGCAACCGUUGCAAGAACAGCAGCAACUGCCACAGCUGCAACACACAGCAACAGCCGCAAGUGCAACAAGAACAGCUGCAACCGCUGCAACAACAACAGGCGCAACAGCUGCAGCAACAACAGGCAGAACAGCAGCAACAGCUGCAGCCACAACAGCAGCCGCACACCGCAACAACAAGAAGAGCAGCAGCAGCAGCAGGUGACCAUGGGCCUGCUCCGAGGUGUGUUUAUAGUGGCUGCCAAGCGCACAGUCUUUGGGACUUACGGAGGUUUGCUGAAGGAUUUUACAGCCACCGACUUAAGCGAAUUCGCUGCUCGAGCUGCCUUGGCUGCUGGCAAAGUCGCUCCGGAAGCUAUUGACAGUGUGAUUGUUGGCAAUGUCAUCCAGAGUUCAUCGGAUGCUGCCUACCUUGCCAGACAUGUUGGUUUGCGGGUAGGAAUUCCAAAGGAGGUUCCAGCCCUCACUCUUAAUAGACUCUGUGGCUCCGGUUUCCAGUCUGUAGUCAGUGGAUGCCAGGAAAUCUGUACUAAAGAUGCUGAAAUCGUCCUUUGCGGAGGCACUGAAAGCAUGAGCCAGACUCCCUUUUCUGUCAGAGAUGUACGGUUUGGAGUCAAGUUAGGAGCCGACAUGAAGUUGGUAGACACUCUGUGGGAAGGAUUGACAGAUCAACAUGUUAAACUACCCAUGGGAAUCACUGCGGAGAAUCUUGCCGACAAGCAUAAAAUAAGCAGAGAAGACUGUGACAAAUACGCACUUCAGUCACAACAGAGAUGGAAAGCUGCUAACGAUGGAGGCUGUUUUACUAAUGAGAUGGUGCCAAUUGAAGUGAAAACAAAGAAAGGGAAACAGACCAUACAAGUAGAUGAACAUGCCCGGCCCCAGACCACACUCGAGUCGUUAGCCAAACUCCCUUCUGUCUUCAAGAAAGACGGAACAGUCACCGCAGGAAAUGCUUCGGGCGUGUCUGAUGGAGCCGGAGCAAUAAUCAUAGCCAGUGAAGAUGCGGUAAAAAAGCACAACCUCACUCCACUGGCACGAAUUGUGAGCUACUUCACAGCUGGCUGUGACCCUUCUAUCAUGGGCAUUGGUCCUGUGCCAGCCAUCACUGGGGCUCUGAAGAAGGCAGGGUUGAGUCUCAAAGACCUGGAUUUGGUGGAGGUGAAUGAGGCCUUUGCUGCUCAGUAUCUGGCGGUUGAAAAGAGUUUGGGCCUUGACCCAAGUAAAACAAAUGUGAACGGAGGAGCCAUUGCACUGGGUCAUCCGCUGGCAGGAUCCGGAUCAAGAAUUACCACUCAUCUGGUUCACGAGUUAAGACGUCGUGGAGGAAAAUACGCCAUUGGGUCAGCGUGCAUUGGAGGUGGCCAAGGCAUCGCUCUCCUUAUUCAGAACACAGCCUGAGGAGAACAAGUCUUUGUUCUCCCCUACCCCCUUAGCCUGCAAACAGCUUCUUGAAGAAAAUCCAUGAGAAAAAUCAAAGGAGAAACACGGACCACGCUCUGCUACAGCAGUGACAGGACGGUGGCCCCUGCGGGUGAAGUCGGUGUUCAGGGAAACUUUAAACAUGCAAAGAAAGACACGGAUAAAAUUAUAGCUCUGAGUGUUAAAUAGCGGUACAGAAAGAACGUCAAAGAAAAUAACAUACCUGCCAAACCUCUUCUGCCAACUCUGCCUUACUAUGCUGGGUCAUCCACCAACAGUGCCUUAGCUUCCUGAUUCAGCCGGUUCUCUCUUGUUUUGGAAGUUGCAUUUACAUUGCUUGUUGCUCCCAUGUAGUUCACUCGUUCCAAGAAUGAAAGCUAUCAGCUCCAUCACCUAAUAAAUUCUCAAAAACCA